GUGAAACCAGAGUGAGGAAGAAGCUGAAGGGUCCGCUAGGUUGUGCUCAUCCGAUGGAUUCCCCGUCUACUUGGGUUUUCCACUCCGGCCCCUUCCCUUCACCCGGACACAUCAUCCACAAGCUUGCCCAUCAUGGGCUCCUUUCCCCGUCUUUCCCUUCUCGCCUUCGUAGCAUUCGCCUUGUCCGUCUAUGCUGGCCUGACACCCAUCCGGACGCGUGAUGGAAAUGGAGGUCAGCAGGUCUGGCUGCCUGGCCAGAAGCAGCAGAUUGCCUACGGUACUCCUCGGACCGAAACGUCAUACAAGUCGUAUAGCCCAGACACUUUCGUCGAAGCAUCAAUCGUUUCCGUUUUUAUCCCGCUGCCGGCUUCAGCGGGAACUCAUCCUCCGGAAUGCGACUAUUUGAGCUACAUUCGCUAUCGCCACGUCGACGGUCCCAAGAACUCCUUGGAAGCCGAUCGUGUCAUUUCUUUCAUUCCUGGUACCAUCGCUGGCGCCGGCUCCUUUGAUCAAGUCGCGAGGAGCUCGAUCUUUUACGCAGAUGAGAACCAUCAACAAAAGAUUGAGGUCUGGGCACUUGAUCGUCGUGCCAACUGCCUCGAGGACAACACCGGCGCUGUUGCUGCCGUUGAGCAACAAGAUGCCCAGCUCGGUUUCGACUACUACUACAACAAGAAAGAAAUCAACGGCAGGUCCUUUGCCGGGUUCCGUCAAAACGGCGAUGCCGAUCUUGAGUUCCUCGCUGAGCAAGGUGUCGAGCAGACGAUCGAGGAUUGGUAUGAUCUCGUCCUCAAGGAGCUUCCCGAUCAAGGGUUCCGGACCAAAAAUCAUUACAUUUCAGGCCAUAGCUUAGGCGGGCCCCUUGCCGCAUCGUUCUCCAACUUUGACAAGGAUGGCAACGCGAACACGACGGCCGACGCUGGCUAUAAUCAGCACGCCGGGACCAUCGGUUACGACACCGUUGUCGACCCUCAUUUUGGACCAGAGCUGCCCGAUGCCUUCAAGGCUUUUGACUUCAUCCUCAAGCCGAUCGUCGAGGGAGGCUUCGAUCUCGCCCAAGCUGGGUUCAAGAGCGGCGUGCUUCCGCGCAGUCUUCUAACCGCUCUGCCAAUCGUUCUUAACUCAGAAGCAACAACCUUCUUGCAGCUCGUCGGAGCCGCCGCCCAAAUCAAACCAAAGGAAGAGGCACCCAUCAAGACCUUCCCCCGCACACCGACGAUUGUCAGCGCUGCACAGUUCUUCUUCUCCCGAUAUCUCACCAACUUUAUUACUUUCACCCCCAGCGCGUUCAACCUUCGCGCGACCAAUGAGGCCCUUCUUGGUGCUAUUCUGUCCGACCGCACCCAAGGCUUUGGUUUCCUCCAGGUCUCGUGUGGCUUCGGAGCGGGUGGUGCCAUUCAAGAGCGGCAAUUCCCCGUGGGAUACAAUGACUUGCAGGAUCUCGACACGUCCAACAUGUCGGCCAUCAAACCGCUGCUCGAAGCCCUUCCCUCCGGCUCGCCCUACCCUCUGGCGGUACCCACUGAUGCAGGACCGCUGGGAUUGGGAGACGGGCCGCUGUACACCUGGCUCAACUACAAUGAAAUUUCGGCAGACGGAGGAAAUGUCGCGAAGGCCAACAAUGGCAAACCUUUCAUGAACGCCAGCAACGAGGUGACGGACAUUGCUGAGCUCGCACGAUCCAUCUCUGAGAUCCCUCUCGACUUCACGGAGCAUUACUACGCUACCCGGACUACUACCGAUUACUUGUUUGCUGCGUUCGGCUCGGAUCAAGCUCUUGGCAGGACCACGGUGCACCCGAACGGUUUCAAGGCACGACCGAUUAUCAACCUUGUGGGAAGCGAGGGUCUAGCCAUUGGAGGCGGCUUCGGAGACUUGGGCAACCACGUUGUUCUCGAUGGCUACAAUCACCUCGACGUCAUUCAGGCUGCUCGCAACCAAACACUGGGCAGGAAGGAGCUUAGCAGCAUCUCCACGGCCGAUUUUGUCUCUAAGCUUGGCCAGGGCGUUUUGCCUUGAGAUAGACGUAUUCUUAUUUCUUGACUUGCAUAAUGAUUACCCUCAGACCUUCUUUGAUUCCUGUUGCCUCCUAGUAAUCUCUCUGAAAAGAAGUCUCCUCGCUUGACACCGCAAUCCCAGCCACUUUGCUGAGUUUCGUGCUGAAUUGUCGAGGCG